CGGAUUAGAAAAGUCAAACCGCAUUAACUCCAAAAUUCGCUCCUUCCUAUCUAAACCUCGAAUCAACCAAUCCUCCCAUCCAAACACACAUCUCCUCCUCCCUCUCCCCAAAACCACGAUCAAAUUCAAUUUCAAAGCCAUCGCCAAAACCAAAAUUCAAAUCAAACUCCUCUCAUGGCGACGACGACAUCCAUCGAGAGCAGCGACGCGGAGGUCGGAUUCGCGAAGCUCCAGGGCGAAGAUUUCGAAUACUACAUGCAGACCUACUCGAUCAUCCUCGGCCGCAACUCGAAGAAAUCAACCGUGGACGUCGACCUCUCCUCUCUCGGCGGCGGGAUGAACAUCUCCCGGAACCACGCGCGGAUCUUCUACGACUUCGCGCGCCGCAGGUUCGCGCUCGAGGUACUCGGGAAGAACGGGUGCCUCGUCGAAGGCGUCCUCCAUCUCCCCGGGAACCCUGCGGUCAAGCUGGAUUCGCAGGAUCUGCUUCAGAUCGGUGAUAAGGAGUUUUACUUCCUGUUGCCUGUGAGGAGCAUCCUUGGUGGGCCUAGGGGGGUUGUUGCUGGGCCGGUUGGGGCUUACUACCAUCAGUACGGGCCUGGGCCUGGGAAGAGAGGUGGGCGGGGAAGAGACUACUUUGAAGAAGAGUAUGAUGAUGAUGAUGAUGAUGAUGAUGAUGAUGAUGAUGAUGGUGAUGAUGAUAUGAGGAGGAGUGGGAAGAGCUCAAGGAGAGAUGGAUAUGAGAGGAAGGGAGAGGGAAGAACAAGGGCGGAUAGGGAAGCGGAUGAUCAGCAAGUUUUGCAGCUCGAGGAAAAAGAUGUUGUGUCAUCUGUUGCCACUGUGCUUUCUGAUUCGUGUGGUCCAGGAGAGUACAUGGCUAUGGAGAAGCUUCAUUCUGUGAUGCUGGAGAAUUAUGGGAACAUAUGGCAUCACAGUCGUGUAAGGAGAUACCUAACACCUGAGAACUGGGCAGUUCCAGAGGCAAAGGGUAAAGCGUGGUACGGACUGCUGAUGCUACUGAGGAAAUACCCAGAGCAUUUCGUUAUCAACACUAGGUCAAAGGGCAGGGUCACUCAUGAGUUUGUUUCCCUUGUCUCGCUUCUCUCCUGAAACCACAUCCCUUUUAUUUUACUUUUUUUUUCCCUGAACAUCAAGUGAUACCACAUCCCAUGAUAGAUUAUAAAAAAUCAUGUGCUUGUUAGUGCAGGAAGUUUCCUACUUUUUUAUGUAAAUAAGAUAGUGUCAGAGGUUAGAUUUGGAUGGCUCACUGAAACUAGUCUUUUUUUU